UGGAGAAUGGACCUUAUGGGACACCGUACAAGCUGUGUCGUGUAAAUUCAAGAUGGCGGUCUCCAUGCGAAGGAACAUGAGACCUCUUUUAGGUUUCAUUCAUAAGAAAACUUUUAAUACAAGGUCGUUUUGCAACCAAAAAGUGUCCGGAGUGAAGCGCCUCCAUGAUGGGCGAGUGUUCUCAGGAAUCCAGCCCACUGGGAUCCCUCACCUGGGAAACUACCUUGGCGCGCUGGAGAGCUGGGUGACCAUGCAGAAUGACUACAGCUCAGUGUUGUACAGCAUUGUUGAUCUGCACUCCAUCACCCAGCCUCAGAACCCAGAAUUACUACAGAGCAACAUCAUGGACAUGGCAGCCAGCCUGCUAGCCUGUGGCAUUGACCCUACACGCUCCAUCCUUUUCCAGCAAUCUGUGGUUUCAGAACAUGCUGAGCUCUCCUGGAUCCUGGGCUGCCUGACCAGCAUGCCUCGCCUACGCCACCUACCUCAAUGGAAGAUGAAGAGUAAACAGAAGAAUGAAGGAAGUGUGGGUUUGUAUACCUACCCAGUGUUGCAGGCUGCAGACAUAUUGCUCUAUAAAUCCACAUAUGUACCAGUAGGGGAGGAUCAGAUCCAACAUUUAGAAUUAGCCCAAGACCUAGCCCGUAUUUUCAACAACAAAUAUGGAGAGCUUUUUCCUGAACCUUGUGCGCUCCUUAGUUCUACACGGAAAGUGAAGUCGUUAAGAGAUCCCUCCUUCAAGAUGUCGAAGUCAGAUCCACAAAAAUUAGCCACCAUAUUCCUCACCGACACCCCUGACGACAUAGUAUUUAAAAUCCGCCGAGCUGUGACUGAUUUCACAUCUAAGGUCACCUUUGACCCAGUAGGCCGGCCAGGCGUGGCGAAUCUGGUGUCCAUCCAUGCAGCUGUCUCAGGCCAAACUGUAGAAGAUGUGGUCACGUUAGCCAAAGGCCUGGACACUUGCCAGUACAAGGCUGUGGUGGCAGAUGCUGUGGUGCAGAGACUAGAGCCUAUCAGGCAGGAGAUCCAAAGACUCAAGGCAGACAGGAGUCACCUGGAGAGUGUGUUGGCCACGGGAGCUGAGAAAGCCCGCAGUCUGGCUGCCCCAAUGAUGCAGGAGGUCAGGAAACGUGUGGGCUUCUCCUAAUUGUCAAAUGGCACAAUUUGUUACAGAUGGAUGUACAGUACAGUGUGAAUAAGAUUUUAAUAGGUGAUACAUUUCUGUAAUGUUUAGUUAGUGUUGUCAGUAUUAUAAAUUGUCCAUUUAUUUGUUUGUGUUGUCUGGUUUUCUACUACAGUUUUAUUUUAGUUCAUGCUUGACUUUUCUGUACAUGUUCACAAAGAAGAUACAAACCUUUAAUGCUUAUAUAUGAUGUCUUAUAUAACACUAAAAGGUUUUUUAGUAGUUAAUAUAUAAAGGUCUCUAUUUAAGAACAGGUGACAUUAAAUAGACUUUACACGUACGAAUGAAAUGACAUUAACUUAAAUAUGGUUAGGAUAAGGAUUAUUAUAUUUUCUGAUUGAUGGGCACAUCUGCAGACUUUUUCUUUACAGUAGAUCAAAUAAAUUGAAAACUUGA